GGUCUGUGUGUCCUCAGCCAGGAGAUGGCUCAAGAGGAGGUCAAGAUGGGUGGGCUGCGGGCCCCAUACCACGCCGCCCCCAUGCAGUCCACCGUGAUCAACAUCCAGAGUGAACCCCAGGUGCCCGACCAUGUUGUCUGGUCCCUCUUCAACACGCUCUUCCUCAACUGCUGCUGCCUGGGCUUCGUGGCCUAUGCCUACUCCGUGAAGUCUAGGGACCAGAAGAUGGUGGGUGACAUGAUUGGGGCCCAGAGCCACGCAUCCACUGCCAAGUACCUGAACUUCUUCUCUACAGUCCUUGGCCUCCUGGGAAUCGUCAUCUUCAUCAUUCUUGUCGCCAUGGGCACAGUGAUGAGCUUCCAAGCCCUGUCACAGAUGGUGGGCCAGCAAGGCCACUAGUCACUGCACCACUCUGUGUCCUGGACCCUCCGGCCCUGCCCUGCUAGACGACCUGACCUCUGGCCUGUCUGCUGCCGCUCCUGUCCACAGCCAUUUGUGCAUGUAUCUCCAUCUCUCAGCAAGCUCAA